AUGAUAUGGAGGGGAUUGGAACACCUGAAUCAUAUGAUAUGGAGGGGAUUGGAACACCUGAAUCACAUGAUUGGGAGGGGAUUGGAACACCUGAAUCACAUGAUUGGGAGGGGAUUGGAACACCUGAAUCACAUGAUAUGGAGGGGAUUGGAACACCUGAAUCACAUGAUAUGGGGGGAUUGGAACACCUGAAUCACAUGAUAUAGAGGUGAUUGGAACACCUGAAUCACAUGAUUGGAGGGGAUUGGAACAGCUGAAUCACAUGAUAUGGAGGGGAUUGGAACACCUAAAUCACAUGAUAUGGGGGGAUUGGAACACCUGAAUCACAUGAUUGGAAGGGGAUUGGAACACCUAAAUCACAUGAUAUGGAGGGAAUUGGAGCACCUGAGUCACAUGAUAUGGAGGGAAUUGGAGCACCUGAGUCACAUGAUAUGGAGGGGAUAGGGACACCAGAAUCACAUGAUUGGAAGGG